AAAUUCACUAAAGUUGUGUUAUGGCUUUGGAAUGACUAUUACACGAACGCCACGCGAUUGGACGAGUCCUCUCCAGUACCUGGCUGCUGCGCUGCCUUGUUGCCAUGGUUUCGUCAACAUACAAGACACUUGGCAGCUUGUUCCUACGUUUACGCCACAACUCCGUGGUAACCUAGUCUACAAGCAACUCAAAAGUACUGAGAAACUUUACUUUUGGCAGGUUGCGAAUGAUUUGCUGUAUAAUAUCGGUUCAUAUUUCGUGUAACACCUUAAAAUUACUGUAGUAAAGUUGUUGUUUUGUGCUGGGAUAGCAAGCUAGCUACAAGAGUGAAAAUACUUUGUGGCUAACGUUACAGUAGCUAAGUUAGCUUAUCGCACCAAUAUGGAGUUCGGUUCCAAGCUCAAGGAACUGAAUAUUACACCGGAUGAAAUAGGCCGCUUUACCAAGGCUUUUCAAAAUGAGGAAUUCAGAAAGAUGCUGCACGAAUACGCAGAGGAAAUAUCAAAGCCAGAGAACAAGAAGAAAUAUGAGGAAGAAAUCAAGUUGUUAGAACAAGAGAGGGGCGUGGACAUUCAAUUUGUCCACCCCGAACCUUACCGAGCCCUGAAGACGAGUAUGGACGGUAGGCAGAAGUGCUUCAUCAAUGUCUGCAGCAAUGACAUGAUUCGUAAACCUGAGUUUAGGAGGGUAGACGAGGCUGGCAGAGUAGGGCAGCAUUGGUCACUACCCCACAGCUUGACACCUGGAACGCCAGACAGGGAUACAAAGGGGAAUAAGUACACAAUCUAUGAUGUUGUGUUUCAUCCAGACACCAUUCACAUGGCUGGAAACAACCCGAGACUUAUGGAAAUGGUUGACAAAACUGCUGUUGAGGCUGUCGAGAAUGGGGGCAGAGUGAAGCUAGACAAAAACAAUGUAAGAGUUUUGAAAAUCAAAUACAAAGGGACACCACACGCUGCUGUCAUGCGCAAGCCCUUACCUGGUCAACCUGCCAAGGAAAAACCUUCACCACUUGACGAUCAUCUCUCGUUCCCCUACCCCGAUGAAAAACAACCAGACACGUCAACAAAUAAACCGAAGGCCGAGAUUCAGUCCCACACCCAGAUCAGCCAGAGACAACAAAACGCCAAUUCACCCAAGGAGCCAACGAAACCACAUUACACUCUAAAAUACAGAUCAUUCAUUGAUUUGCAAGACUUCAGGUGUUCCAGAGAUUCAGCUCAGAGCCCACGCCCUAAAGAGAUUGUCAUCACUAUUGAUUUGCCUUUGCUUAGAUCUGUUGCGGAUGCUGAUCUAGACGUGACUGAAAGACUUGUUAGUUUGGAAUCCAAGAAACCAGCUUACAAACUAGAGGUGCCGAUGGCAUAUCCAGUGGAUGAAAACAAGGGAGAGGCAAAGUUCAACAAGCAAAAGAAACAACUGGUUGUUACUUUACCUGUUUUACCUUUGAAGGAGCCAACAGUCGCUGAAGUGUCUGGCCGGCAGCUUGUCAAUGAUGAUGGUGAAGAGGAUUUUGAGAAUAGUUAUGCAGCGCAGUCGGAAGACGCAACACAUGGCAAUGAAGAUACCCCCGGCCACAGCGGACGUGGCAAAGAAGAUACCCCCGGCCACAGCGGACGUGGCAAAGAAGAUACCCCCGGCCACAACGGACGUGGCAAAGAAGAUACCCCCGACCACAGCGGACGUGGCAAAGAAGAUACCCCCGGCCACAGCGGACGUGGCCAAGAAGAUACCCCCGACCACAGCGGACGUGGCCAAGAAGAUACCCCCGACCACAGCGGACGUGGCCAAGAAGAUACCCCCGACCACAGCGGACGUGGCAAAGAAGAUACCCCCGACCACAGCGGACGUGGCAAAGAAGAUACCCCCGACCACAGCGGACGUGGCAAAGAAGAUACCCCCGACCACAGCGGACGUGGCAAAGAAGAUACCCCCGACCACAGCGGACGUGGCAAAGAAGAUACCCCCGACCACAGCGGACGUGGCAAAGAAGAUACCCCCGACCACAGCGGACGUGGCAAAGAAGAUACCCCCGACCACAGCGGACGUGGCAAAGAAGAUACCCCCGACCACAGCGGACGUGGCAAAGAAGAUACCCACGACCACAGCGGACGUGGCAAAGAAGAUACCCACGACCACAGCGGACGUGGCAAAGAAGAUACCCCCGGCCACAACGGACGUGGCAAAGAAGAUACCCCCGGCCACAGCGGACGUGGCAAAGAAGAUACCCCCGACCACAGCGGACGUGGCAAAGAAGAUACUCCCAACCACAGCGGUUGCAUUGAAGGGGACAGCUCAGAAGACGUUCACUGUGAAAAUGCUACAUCACUCCGGUCUGAAAAUCAACUCAUCUCAGUCCUGGAUGACAAGAUAGAGUUUUCUGAACAGUCUAGUGACAUUGAGGACAAGCAACACAAACUGAGAAGUGCUGAAUCACACCGAGCUAAAGCUUCAGAGCCCACUGAGUUUGAUGGCAAGACUGGGUGCACUGACCAGAAUGAGGGACAGUCAGAUGACAAUAAUUUACAUGAGGUGGAAACAGACCCCUCAUCCCUGAGCGAGAGAAUAGAUGACCCAUCUAACACUGCAGCAAUGGUCAUCCCAUCCAAUCUUGACAACAAUAACCAGGCCAAAGACUGCUCAUCCCCCAAGAUAGAAGAGAUCGUUGAAAGUCAAGCUCCAACUAAGGAUAAACAGAAGACUGUGCGAUUCAAUGAGCAUGUGGAGGUGGCUCAGUCUCAGGAGGAAGAUGACCUGCCUGUUGAGCAGACCUUUCAGGACUGUGAUAUGAGACCACAGCAAGCUCUGCUGACAGAAAUUAACCAGGAUGGACAAGAGGUGGUCAUUAGUGAUCAUACUACAUCUGCUGGUUUCGUUUUUCAAAACUCCUAUAUCUAUGACCUGGACUGAGUCUCAUGUCAAGGAACUUGCUCCGUCACAAAGAUACUAUAUGAAGUCUGUUGCUGAUUCAAUUAGUUGAGGUCUUGUGUGAAAACCUAAAAUCCUUUUUUCCAAUUGAGGGCAAUAGGAAAAAGUAUAUCUGAAUGAGUGAAUCAGUAAGACUCCCAUGUCUUCAGUAUUAAUUUCAGAGUUCUCCUUUUGAAACAAUGUUCGUAAGUUAUUUCCCAUAUACUUCUUUCUACAAAAGGGAGGAAAGUUUACAUCUAGUAUGUUUAAGCAAUAAAGGCAGAGGGGGUGUGGUAUAUGGCCACGGGCUGUUCUUAUGCAUGACGUAAUGCGGAGUGCCUGGAUACAGCCCUUAGCCGUGGUACAUUGGCCAUAUACCACAAACCCCCAAGGUGCCUUAUUGCUAUUAUAAGCUGGUUACCAAAGUAAUUAGAGCAGUAAAAAUAAAUGCUUUUUCAUACCCGUGGUAUACGGUCUGAUAUACCAUGGCUGUCAGCCAAUCAGCAUUCAGUGGAGUACUCACCCAGUUUAUAAUUAGUUUUAUACUUACCAUUUGCUAUUAGGCCUACAUGUUGAGGGUGUGGAGAAGCUCACCAUUAGAGCGACGCUUCAACAACUGUAAAAUGCUGUACUCAGACCAUGCCACAAGGUUCAAGUCUGCUUGACAUAUCAAAUGAUGCAUUAGUCACACCACACCACUGUUUCUAGGCCGUCAUUAAAAAUAAGAAUUUGUUCAUAACGGACUUGCCUAGUUAAAUAAAGGUGUAUGGAAACAGAUGACAAAUAUAAUUUUAAACCUUCAGAAACUAAUUGAGACAAUGAUAGAUAUGGAUAGUUUCUUUAAUUUCCUUUCAAACUUGUACCAAUACAGUAAAAAUAAAUACAUUUUUUGAAUUCCACAAA